CUCAACCUCACAUCACCAACUUCACACGCUCAUUCAACCCCCUACUCAAAAUGAGUCUCCUCAGCCACGAAAUAAACCCAAUUUUCUCGUUAACAGCCGCAUAUACUGCCUGGAAAGGUCUUCUCUUGGCAAUCGCCCUCGGCGCGUCCGUAGGUCCAGACUACGAUACUUCAACAUCUCUCUUCUUCGACAUCGUUCAUGGCCCGACAACCCCUGUUCCUGCUUUAGCUACUCGUUUGACGAGAUGGGACGCGCUUUAUUUCAUGCAUGAUGCAGUGAAGGGCAAAGUAUAUGAGCAGGAGUGGGCGUUUGGUAUUGGACUGCCAGCUGUUGUGCGUGGCAUUAAUGGGUUAUUUGGACUUGAGGGCUGGGAGGCUAUUAUUGCGAUUGCCAUCUCACACGUGUCUCACCUUAUCGCUGUUUUGGCGCUGUACCAGCUCACCAUUGUUCUAUGCAAUAAUCGAAAGCUUGCAUAUUUAGCUGCGGUCGUGCAUAUUCUUUCACCUGGCGGGCUGUUUCUUUCAGCGCCGUAUGCAGAGAGCACGUUUUCAUGCUUGUCCUUUGUGGGCAACCUUCUUUUUGCUUUGAGUCUGAAGGCUAGUCCCGACUCAUUGAGGCGCAAUAUUUCAGUGAUCGGAGCAGGGCUGUUGUAUGGGGUUUCCUGCGUAUUUCGAAGCAAUGGCCUCUUUGGUGGUGUUCUCUUUGCGGUGGAAGCUAUCAAAGGCCUCACAGCACUUCUUGGCGGCUUCACUUUCUCCAAAGUUCUAAGGCUAGUUGCACCUGUUAUUGGUGGGCUCUUGGUUGCAGUUGGGUUUAUAGCGCCUCAAGUUCUGGCGUGGAUGAGAUAUUGCAAUGUCCAGGAUAAUGGAGAACUACGCCCUUGGUGUACACGCCCUCUCCCAAGUAUCUACACAUUUGUACAGGAAGAGUACUGGAACGUUGGUUUCCUCAAAUACUGGACACCCAACCAAAUUCCUCUCUUCCUCCUUGCAGCUCCCAUGCUCACAAUCCUCAUCAAGUCAGGAAUAGAGGUCACACGAGAGCCCUCACGAGGUCUUCGAGCCAUGACUUCUAGCACAGAUGAACAGUGCAGGCUGCUCGUAAGAACUCUGGCUGCUGUCCAAACUCUUCUCGCCGUCUUAGCCAUCACAAACUAUCACGUCCAGAUCAUUAGUCGCAUCUCAUCAGCCUACCCCGUCUGGUAUUGGUGGGUCGCUUCAUGUCUUUUGGAUAAGCAGAGACAGAAUUUGGGUUAUGGGAUAAUUGUGUUUAUUAGCAUGUAUGCGAUGAUCCAAGGUGGUCUUUUUGCAUCUUUCUUGCCUCCUGCCUGAGGCAGUGUUGUAUAUACUUUCUAUUUUCUAGUUGAGCUGGUUUCUUUCAGAGCCUGAUUCCAUCGGUUGGGCAACUUAAAUGGAUUCGAUAUGUUAGUGCAGUAAAAAUAGAGUUGAAAUAUGAAAGUUUCAUAUCGUC